UGAGUUGGUGCUCAAGUCACUAAUUGGAAAAAGAGAUGACUCUACUCAAGAAUGGCACUUGGAGAAACAACACUGCAUCUUCCUGGCUUCUGAAGUUCACUUUUCUUUGGCUGUUUAGUCAGUACUCUUGCACAGCAAGUGCUGUUUGGACUGCAUACAUGAACAUAUCAUUUCACGUUGGGAAUCGCAUGUUGUCAGAGUUGGGGGAGACUGGAGUAUUUGGAAGGAGCUCUGCUUUGAAGAGAGUGACAGGAGUUAUAGUACCACCAGAGGGAAAAACCCAAAAUGCGUGUAAUCCUACUACCAGUUUCAGCAGAACAAAGAACUCAGAGACAUGGCUAGCACUUAUUGAACGGGGAGGUUGUACUUUCACACAGAAAAUCAAGGUGGCAACUGAGAAAGGAGCCAGUGGAGUGAUCAUCUAUAACUUUCCAGGAACUGGCAAUCAGGUUUUCCCCAUGACUCAUCAGGCGUUUGAAGGCAUUGUUGCGGUCAUGAUUGGUAACUUAAAAGGUAUGGAAAUUUUGCAUUUAAUUCAGAAGGGAGUUCAUGUAACAGUCAUGGUUGAGGUGGGGAGAAAACACAUCAUCUGGAUGAAUCAUUAUUUUGUCUCUUUUAUGAUCGUCACAACUGCUACCUUAGCAUAUUUCAUUUUUUAUCAUAUUCGAAGACUUUGGAUAGCAAGGAUUCAGAAUAGGAGAUGGCAGCGAUUAACAACAGAUAUCAAGAGAGCAUUUGGACAACUUCAACUUCGGGUUUUAAAAGAGGGAGAUGAGGAAAUAACUCCAAAUGGCGAUAGCUGCGUAGUUUGCUUUGAACUCUAUAAGCCUAAUGAUGUAGUUCGUAUUCUGACUUGUAAACACUUUUUCCACAAAAAUUGCAUUGACCCCUGGAUUCUAGCCCAUGGGACAUGCCCCAUGUGCAAGUGUGACAUUCUUAAAGCUUUGGGAAUUCAAGUGGAUAUUGAAGAUGGAACCGAAUCUUUGCAAGUCCUGAUGUCAAGUGAAUUGCCUGAAAUCCUGUCACCUAGAGAAGAGGAGGCAGAUAAUGAACCUCCUCCUGCAAGGAUGUCAGAUAAAGCAACCCCCGUGGAGGAGAACCCGACUUCUCAGAAUGAUGACCGCCAGGCUGAUUUAGUUGUGGAAAACGUUCAUCCUUCAACAUUGACAGCUUGAACUUUGAGGAAGUGGAUUAAACCUGUUUGUCAAAUCAGGUCCUAAUACUGACAAGCAUUUGUCUGUUUAAA